GUAAUAUACCAGUGUGUAACGAUGACAUGGUCCAGGGUGUAUUUGUACGCUCACACAGCAAUCAUGCUGUCUACCUACAAACUGAUGUCGUUGAAAACUUGUAAUGGAGCUUCGACGAGACCGGUUUUCGAUACUAAUCGCAAUGUAUUGCAACCCAGUACGCAAGAUGAAAGGUCAGAAAUGGAUAAUAACCGGAAACACUGCAAUACCGGACACUGCAGUAAACCCAGAAGGUCUGACCAUGAGGAACGCUUUUUAAACUAUAUAAUUGAUUCAGCCAAAUCGCCAACCGGGAUGUUACUUGACGAAAUCAUACAAGUGCAACUGGCACAGCCACUAAUGGAGCCAGAACAACCAAAGAUAGCAACACAACAGGAACCGGUAUCUGCAUUCUCUGAAGUUCAAUUAAUGGUACGCCAAAGUUACAAGACACAUAUCCAACAGGUUGCAUCCCACUCCUGGGAUUUCAUUAAUAUAACAGUACUGCUGUUCUCUGGCAUCGCGUUUCUUUACGUGGUAGCUACAGACCCGCUAUCGAACUCGUCAAUGUCCAUCAUUAGUGCACACGUCAUAGCGUCGCUAUUCCUAGGACUCACGCACGAUGUGAUGCCGCUGUGGCUGCUAAUGACGCUAAGCUUCACAGGAGAAGCAAUACUCUCAUUGGCAUUGCAAUUCAUGGACGGAAAAAGCCAACAACGCAUAUUCAUAUUCUUCGCUGCUAUGGUAAAAGCUAAACUAAUAUACGACCUGUUGGCACUAGUACCCAUCGACUUCUUGAGCCCCGAGUACACAGGUUUCGCUGGAAUGGUGGCACAUUAUGUAUUCUUCACAAGUAACUUCAUGGCCCUAAGAGUACUAUACGCCGUGACACUAUUCAUAAUCGCAAUGAAUAUAUACCGGCAGUUGCCCAAGUAUAUGGCAAUCGAACCCAGCGAACUUGAAGAUCAAAACCGGGCAAGGACCAUAAAAACCAAGAUGGUAUGCUUCGUCGCAUCGUGGCCACUAGCAGCACUCAUACCGCAAAUACUAUGCAUAUGCUGGAGUAGACGUAACCCGCUAGGACCGUUCACGUUCUUUUUCGUACCCACGACGUUCAGGUUACUGAAUAUAGAAACGUGGGCGGCAUUGAUAACUUGGGGAGCAGUGGCAGCGGCAAUGUUCAAAUAUUGCAAUGAAAAAUAUAACUAAAAGUAGUUAAAGGUUAUGGUCCCCCUCAGGGCCUGUGUUUACAAGACCAAUACUCAUCAUCGGGGGUUAAGAACCUUCAUUCGAAGAAUCAAUUCACUGAUGAAUCACAGGUCAACCUAAUGACCGGGGGCUUCACCCCAGAAUUUGAGCCGUUUUCUUCGACUCAAGGGACACUAAAGGGCUAAAU